AUGUCUGACCUGGAGAAUGCAUUGAUUGCAAUCAUAAACGUCUUUCACAAGUAUACAGAAUUCAAGAGAGAUAAACUCAAGAAAGCGCAGUUAAAGGCUCUCGUCAACAAUGAGUUAAGCCAGUUUAUUGAGAAUAUAAAAGACCAAGAGACUCUGGAUACACUCAUGCUGGACUUGGAUGAAAAUGGUGACAUGGAAAUUGAUUUUCAAGAAUUUGCCACUUUUGUUGCUAUGAUUACUUCAGCAUGUCAUGGCUUCUUUGCUCCUCAGGAGUGA